AUGCUUGUCAUCUCAGACUUUGUCCAGGCAGUGAGAGGGUUACUGAUGUGCGGCUUAACCAUCGGCUUCUUCGCUGUCAUGUGCUGCUUCAUCGGGAUGGAGUGCACUUAUAUCGGCGGAGCAGAACAAACUAAAGACAAACUGGUUGUUUCUGGAGCGGUGUUUCAUUUUGUCGGUGGUGUGUCGAAUCUUUCUGCCUACUGCCUGUACAUCAACAGGGUUGCUAGAACAGCUUUAGCAAGGAACCUAGCACCAGGACAGCUACGAUAUGAAUUAGGACCUCCCUUAUUUCUGGGCUUGGUGGGAUGCUUUUUAAUCAUGUUUGGGGCUCUGCUUUAUGCUGUGACCGUUUUCAGAGUCGUCUACUCUGAAAGAAAAGUGAUUCCAGUCUAUGGUGGAAGUACGUAUGCACCUGCUGGGUCCAGAAGAAAAAGUCUCUACACCAGAUAUGACCCGUCCAGACUUUAUGGAACCUACGUUGGAUCGGGACGAUCAAGCAGCAAGAUCUCAAGGAUCUCUCAGUCGACAACAACAAGAGUGUCAGAAAGAGAUGCAUUUGUGUAGUGUCAGUCUCUAUGAUGCGCUCUGAACAAACUUUU